UUGUGUCAAUUUGUGUUUUCCCCCGAGUGUCGCGCAAUUCGAUCAAAGGGAAAGUUGUCAUAACAGUGAGUUGGUAAUGUCGUUAUUAAAUUAAAAACCAUAAUAAAAACAGUUUACAAUUCAAUAAAUUGUACAGUGUUCCACUUAAAUUCUUAAGUGCACGUAGCUCUUACUUUAUGUUAUAAAUAUAAACAAAAGAUGGAUAUGGAUAUCAUAAAGUGGAGUAACAAAGAAGUUUUAGAGUUAUUACAUAAAGAGAAGAUUUCCAGCUUCAUAACAGAUAUAUGCAAGGUACAAGACAUCGAUGGACAGUGUUUGCUUUCCUUUGUCGACCGUGAUUUCUACGAGUAUCCCUUCGAUCAGCUGAAACUAGGUGAACGGAAGAGAUUUAUCUUGUUAGUGAAAAAAUUACAAAGGAACAAUCGAAAUGCGAUGUUUGAACUCGGACUAUGCGAGGACCAAACACUAAAUAAUUCUGCCACUAAUAUAAAUUUCGUUGGCACCAAUUUAUCUCACCUAAGUUAUAAGCUACAUAAACAGUUGCAGAAUGAGUUGAACGCGAGAAAUGCAGAGAGUUUAUCGAAUUUUCCUCCAGAAGCGAAAGCGUCCAGGUUAAAACCUGAAAUAUGGAAAACAGCGAUUGCCUUAGGUUAUCUUUUCCUGGUGACCUGGGUGACUGCUGUAGUAAUGGUAAUUGUCCAUGACAAGGUUCCAGAUAUGAAAAAGUAUCCGCCACUGCCAGAUCUUUUCCUUGAUAAUGUGCCCCAUAUUCCGUGGGCUUUUGAUAUGUGCGAGAUCACAGGAUCCUUCCUGAUGGCCAUUUGGCUUGCUGUGCUCUUCUUCCACAAACACAGGUUCAUAAUCCUGAGGCGGUUCUUCGCGCUGGCGGGCACGGUGUUCCUGCUGCGGUGCUUCACAAUGCUGAUCACGUCGCUGUCGGUGCCGGGGUCGCACCUCAAGUGCGAGCCGCGGUUCUACCCGCCCGCCGACGACCUGACGGUGUGGGGCCGCCGCCUGCGCCAGGCGUACGACAUCUGGAGCGGCGCCGGCAUGUCGGUGCGCGGCGUGCGCACCUGCGGCGACUACAUGUUCUCCGGGCACACCGUCGCCUUGACUCUACUCAACUUCUUCAUCACUGAAUACACGUCGCGCAGCCUGUACCUGCUGCACAUCCUCACGUGGGUCAUGAACAUGUUCGGCAUCUUCUUCAUCCUGGCGGCGCACGAGCACUACUCCAUCGACGUGUUUAUCGCCUUCUACAUCACGUCGCGCCUGUUCCUCUACUACCACACGCUGUCCAACAACCAGGCGCUCAUGCAGACCGACUCCUCCAGGACAAGAAUAUGGUUCCCGCUGCUGUCUUUCUUCGAGUCCGAAGUCGACGGCAUCGUUCCGAACGAAUACGAGGGACCCGUGGAGAUUGUGAGCAACUUGAAGCAGUGGCUGAUACAGCUCGUGAUAGACGUGAAGAACACUUCAGUGGGCACCAAAUUGCAGGAGAGCGCUGUUAUGGGCGAGUUCUCCGUCGUGAGGCUCGUCGACGGCAUCAAGAGGAACCUCAGCCUGAUAGAAGAGUAUAAGAGCUCUCGGCAGCGGCUUAUGACGCUCGACAAAAACGUCCAAGCAGGCUUUCUAGAAGAAUUUUCUGACAGUGAUCUCGGUCGCAGGAACAUAGCCGAUUUGACCGGCGAUACCCCCUUUAGAGAAUUCAGCAAUCCCCCGUCUCCCAUCAUGAAAAAAAAUAUAUGAACUAUUAGGCACUGUUGAUGCUUAGAAUAUUUUUAUAGCUGAAUGUAGUUGUACCUACCUUGGCGUUCCAACAUUUCCAUUUUAGAUUUUAUAUCAUGUUAUUCCAUACUUAUAUGAUAAGUUAAAUGUGUAGAAAAUUACAAAGAUUUAUUUGCUCAAGAUUAUCACGAGAAUAUACAGUAUGCUUAAAUUAUUCA